AUGUACUGGCGCAUGUACAAGAACCUCAUGCGCCAGCACAUUCGGAUCCUAGAAAGGCUGAAGGAGACCAUGGCCAAGAGGAUGUGGGCAAAGGCUCAAUGUCAUGACCAAUUCCUGGAUGAGCUCGUCCAGCAGCAGACAGCAAGCUGUGCCACAAUCUGGGAGGCCAUGGCAAUCCCAGACAACAUGAGUGUUUCUGAGGCCAAUCUUCAAACUGAAGACUUUAUGGCAGCUUUCAACCUCACACCCUCUGAUCAGUCAAUGUUUAUCCUAAUGGGCAUCCCUGGCUUGGAAAAUGCCCACAUCUGGAUUUCCAUCCCUUUCGCUAUGUCCUACUUUAUCACCCUGUUGGGAAAUUUCACAGUUCUGUUUGUUGUGGGCAAAGAUCAGACCCUGCACAAGCCGAUGUACCUGCUGAUCUGCAUGCUGGCACUCACUGACAUCGCCAAAUCCACCUCCACCUUGCCGAAGGCCCUGUGUAUAUUUUGGUUCAAUUUAAAAAGCAUCAUAGUGGGUGCCUGCAUCACCCAGACCUUCUUUCUUAACACAAUUGGUUUUACGCAGUCAGCCAUUCUGGUUGCAAUGGCCUUUGAUCGCUACGUGGCCAUAUGUAAUCCUCUCAGAUACACCACCAUCCUCACCAAUGCAAGAAUAGCCGUGUUAGGUCUUACAAGUUUCAUAAGAUCUGUUCUCUUUAUGCUGCCUCUGCCCCUGUUCUUAAGCAAGCUGUCAUUUUGUGCCAACCGCACUAUUGCCCAUACGCACUGUGAGAACAUGGCUGUGGCAAAGCUGUCAUGUGGGGACAUCACAGUCAGCAGCAUGUACAGCUUGGUGGUAUCAUUUGUGGUCAGUGGGUUAGACCUGAUGCUCAUUGCUCUGUCCUACGGUCUGAUCAUCAGGGCCGUCCUAAGAAUCUCUUCCAGGAAAGCCCACCAGAAAGCCUUCAAGACAUGUACAGCCCAUAUCAGUGUAAUGCUGACCAUUUAUACUCCAGGCUACCUGAACAGCUUGACACUAAGAUUCGUUCAGGGCAUCGCUCCCCAUAUUCAAGUGAUCGUGGCCAACAUCUAUCUCCUUAUCCCUCCCAUGCUCAACCCCAUUAUUUAUGGGGUCAAAACCAAAGAGCUUCGCGACAAAAUGAGGAAAUGCAGCUGCAGAAUGUGA